GCUGGACCCGGGGGCGAGCGGCGCGGGCUGGGCCGGCCAUGGCCCCGGAGGCUUGGUAGCCGCGCUCGCCCCCCGGCUCGCCCCCCGCCCCCCGGCUCUCCAAACCCUCCCCAUGUGCGAUGGAAAAUCGGGGGCUUCUCGGCGCCCUCUGCUCCCUCGUCCUACACGCCCCCCUCCUCUUCAUCGCCAACGCGACAUUCACGGAAGUCCCCAAAGAUGUGACGGUGAGGGAGGGAGAUGAUAUCGAGAUGCCCUGUGCUUUCCGGGCCAGCGGAGCCACCUCGUACUCUCUGGAGAUCCAGUGGUGGUACCUCAAGGAGCCGGCCAGGGAGCUCGCUCACGAAGUAGCCAUCAGCGGGCCCGGGAGCAGGAACAAGGGAACAAAUAAGGAUGCGACCAAAAUCAGCACGGUGCGGGUGCAGGGCAACGACAUCUCCCACCGGCUGCGGCUGUCGGGGGUGCGGCGGCAGGACGAGGGCGUGUACGAGUGCCGGGUGGCGGACUACAGCGACGACGAGACGCGGGAGCACCGGGCCCAGGCGCUGCUGCGGGUGCUGGCCCGCUUCGCGCCCCCGGACAUGCAGGCCGCCGAGGCCGUGUCGCACAUCCAGAGCGGCGGGCCCCGGCGCCACGGACCCGACCCCGCCAGGCCCAAGCGGCCCCCGCCCGGGGGACCCCCGGGACCCCCCGCGCCGGCCCGCGCCGACGAC